AUGGUUGCGGAAAGAGGCGAAAAAUUAACACCUACGGUAAAGUGGCCGCAAUGGAUCACUGGUAUCGAAGUUUGCCUCCUAGUAACCCAAGUGGGGAUAAUAGGAGCGUGGUCCUCUCCGUACAUCAGUCAGUUAACUUCCCCCGAAUCUGAGCUCCCGAUCACGACGACCGAGGUAUCUUUGGUGGUGUCGUUGAUGAACAUAGGAAGGCUGUGCGGAGGAUUGAUCUCGUCAAUUUGCAUCAACUAUUUCGGCAGCAAAACGACGGUUCUGAUCAGUAGCGUACCCAUGGCGUUCUGUUGGCUGUUCAUGAUCCUGGCCGACAGCGUAGAGUGGCUGUACGUUGCCAGAAUUUCUGGUGGUACCAGCUUAGGAAUGAUCUACACCUGCUUUCCCCUUUACCUGGCCGAAAUAGCGGACUCCAAAAUCCGCGGAGGGUUGGUUGCUCUGGGUAUGACCGGUCUACCUUUCGGAAACCUGCUCAUAAGCAUCAUGGGGACGUAUCUGUCCAUGAAAACAUCGGCCAUAAUCGCUCUGGGUCCCUGUCUGAUCGUGAUGUUUUUCUUCUUCUGGCUACCGAACUCUCCGCACUAUUUGGUGAAACAACGCGAGAACGAGAAAGCGAAGUCGGCGAUACGCUGGUACCAUCGCGACUGCGACGUGGAUACAGAGCUCGCAGCCUUGCAGAAGUUCGUGAACUUCGGUGAACGGUCGUUGACCGACAACCUGAACGAGCUGAAGAGCAUCAACUUCAGGAAAUUGAUCUUCCUGAUAAUGAUGCUGUUCGUCUACAGCCAAUUGAGCGGCGUCAACAACAUCCUUCUAUACAUGGAGUCCAUCUUAGCGUCGGCGCGGGUCAGCGUGAUAAGUCCAGCGCACGUGGUGACGAUCGUAAUGUCCUUCGGUAUCGUCGGGACACUUUUGUCCUCGUUCCUGAUAGACCGAUUCGGGAGGAGAUCUCUGCUGAUCAUAUCGUGCGUUGGUGUCACGCUGGCGAUGUGUUUGCUGUCGUUGGAGUUCCAUCUGUUGCACCACGGCUUCGAACCCAGCUCGGUGGAGGCGAUCCCCAUAUUCGCGAUGAUUUUUUUUUACAUAAGCGCGUUCAUAGGUUUACUUCCUGUACCCACCACGAUUCUCAGCGAGAUUUUCCCGUCGCACUUGAAAUGUUACGCCACGUGUUUCAGUAAUUGCACAAGCGGCGUCUUCGGCUUCGUUUCCGCGAUUACUUAUCUGCCUCUGCUCAACGUGAUGACUGAACGGUACGUAUUUUUAUUUUACGCUUUAUGCUUAAUUACGGCUGUACCGUUCACGUUGGUGUUUGUACCGGAGACUAAGGGAUUAACGCUGCAAGAGAUUCAAACUCGACUGACAGAUAAGAAAUAA